CAAAUACCUACAGCCCCAUUAAACAAACAGGGAGAGUGUUGAUGAGAUUAGAAACGUGCAGCGAAUUUCUUUCCUCCCCAAGACUUAGAUUGUACUUGGAUAGUGUCUGCAUUAUAGACACGAUGAGCUGCAGCAGUGUCACAGGUUCAGAAUUCUCAGAGGAAGAGCUCGAGAUUGGCGUGCUGGGACAAGGUGACAGCGAUGGAAGCGGUAAACCAACUUUUGAAGACAGCCUCAUUGACACUGAGGAAAGCCAGAACAAGAAACGCAACAGACCCGUCCGUUCAAAGGCUCGGAGAAUGGCUGCUAAUGUGCGUGAGCGAAAGCGUAUAAUGGACUACAACCAAGCCUUCAAUGCUCUUCGUCUUGCACUGAAUCAUGACUUAAAUGGCAAACGGCUAUCUAAGAUCGCUACACUGCAGAGGGCAAUUAACCGCAUCUCCUCCCUCUCUGUUUACCUGAGCUCAAAUCCUCCCAACAAGCCUUGCAGCCACCGAGAGUGCCACAGGUCUUCUGUAGGGCCAGCUGUGAUGGGAGGGUCUCGACUUGAGCAGAACAGGGUUGGUGUACCUCGGCUAGAGCAUCAAAGCUGCAUCCCUUGGCAUGCAUCUGCCUCCCAGCAGAUGGAGCAGCAAAAAGGAUCUCACCUGCGCAGGCUGUCUGCAGAUUCCCAUGUCUACAUGGAUAGCACCAUGAAAUCUUGUCCACUGUCACCUCACUACUCUUGCUAUCCAGCCGAGAGACAUUUUUAUGCCUCUCAUGGACAAUGCAGUGGACAUGACAAUCUGUCUAGUCCAUUGAGAUACCUUCCGAUGGGUGAUGGGUUGGAGUAUCAGUCGGAUAUAUGGAACUCAUGCCCUCAAGGAUACAUGGACAGUUUCAUAGAGCCACCUCCUACUCUAGGACGUUCAUGGCAGGUGAGCUACGUGCAGGAACCAGAGCACAGUUUCUCUGUCUGUGCAGACAUACUUUAACGGGCUAAAGAUCCAUCGUAAGCCACCAGAACUGAACUGCAACAACAGAUUCGCACAGCUGGAACUACAUUAAUGCACAACCUGCUAACUGAACAAUUUAGACUUCAUAAGAAAUACAUGUGAUCCUGCAUUUCUAAAAUUGUGUAAUACACAGAUAAAUGACAUUUUCCACUUUAAUAUAAAUCAGUUUAU